AGGAGUUUUGCUGUCUCCAAUUAUGAGUGGGAAGAUUCUUCAUUAAAUUUUUUUGGUGACAAAUGGGAACUAAUGCCAACGAAGUGGGACGUAUCUCCUGCAGAACGUAAAGUAACUUCAAAACACUCGGAUAUAACUGGAAUGGGUCGCAAUUCGAAUACACUGUGGGGCUUAGGCCGCGUGGAACGCGCUAUGACUCCACUCCUCACCACCUCAACUACAUCACUAGAAUCUGUAGAGUGUCGGACACAGAAGGGAUACAAACUACCAUGGCAACAUUACGUGUAUGACACUUGUGCCUCUUGCUACCUUUAUAUGCCGAUUUGGGCUUUCAAACCAGCCAACCCCAAGUUUUGGUAUUUGUCCAUGGGAAGAUUGAAGGACCCGCUGACGAAUAUUACUUAUCUAGCUGAGACAACCAACCGUAGCCACCCAAUUUUUAACACAUUUUUGUCAAAGUGUUAUGUAGACAAAUGGGUGUCUUGUUGUGAGGCCGCAAGAGAGUGCUGUCAGAAAAUGGCGACCACUGAAAACAUUGAAUAUG